UAUACUAGGAACUAGAAAUUGAUUUGCUCCUAUAUAUUAAUACCAUUCAUUAAUCAUUUUCAUAUUCUACAAAUUAACACUAUUUUUUCCACAUCUUAAUAAUAUACAAGAUUGAAACCUAAUUCACUCUUCUUUUUCACUUGCUAUAUUGCAAUGGAUGACAUAGAAGUUUCCUCUAAAAAUGUUUCAGCGGAUUCUAUUGAUAAAAAAUCCAGCAAAGCUUCAAAAAUUGAAUUUUCUGAAGAUGAAGAAAUCCUUAUUACCAUGGUUUAUAAUCUUGUUGGAGAGAGGUGGUCAUUGAUUGCUGGAAGAAUUCCUGGAAGAACAGCAGAAGAAAUUGAAAAGUAUUGGAAUUCAAGAUACACGAGUACUAGUGAAUGAAGUGCUAGAUGAGAAUGAAGCAAGAAAUUUAAUUUUGGAUAUAAAAUGAAAUUUUGAAAGUUCGUGUGUGUAAUGUCACUUUAUAUUGUAAUGCUACUUGGUGUUUUAAUUUCAAAUAUUCACUUUGUUCGUGCGUGCCGACAUCAACGGUUGUAGCUUGUUUUUUUAAAAGGAAAAAAUAUAUAAAAUAGAAAAGAGCAUAAGUUAGGAAUACUCAAAUUCAUUACAGCAUUAAAUCAAAGACAAAUUUUUGUGUAGUCA